AUGUGGCAUAGUGUAAGAGAGGAUGUGGCUGUGAAACUGAAACAUGAUCUUCAGAUGCUUCGUCUAUUUGAGGCAUUUUCUGAAAACACCCCACAACUCACACUCAUUUUGUCUAGAAUCCUACAGAGAGGAGAGCUGGAGCUUAUUACAGGUUUAAAGUCCCUUACAUCAGCUGCUGGGAUUGCCUUUAGCGUUGCUUUGUACCACCGCAGCAUGCUUAUUUACCUUCCCAAAAAACGCAAAAUGAGUUGGAUCUCUACUGGUGUCUACUUCCUGUGGAACUUGUUGCUGAUCAUUCCCCGUGUAACUGCUCUGGCACUCUUCUGCAGUGUAUUGCCAUGCUACAUCAUAGCUCACUUUCUGUCCCUGUGGAUGCUGCUGGUUUUGGUGGCCUGGAGCCAGAAAACAGAUCACAUGAAAAAUCCUGGUUGGGAAUGGCUCUUCAGAGCUGCUGUUGGACUCAUCUGGUACUUCUGUUGGUUUAAUGUAUCGAAAAAAGGAAGCAUAAAAGUGAAGAUGGUUCUGUAUUAUAUUUCCAUGGCUUUGGACACAAUGAUGCUCCUGGGCUUAUGGUGCUGGAAGGUGUUUGAGUAUGCAGGCUGCUGGAGCUCCUUAAACCCUUAUAUGGUGAUCCCGACACUACUAGGUUUAUACAUCAUUGGAAUACUAGUGAAAAUGAUAUACUACAGAUGGUUUCAUCCAAAAAUAGCUGAACCCGGUGAAGGGCGGUUUAGACAAGCUGCAACAUAUAACACAGACUUGACAGACUCGACAGUCUCGUCCAUGGAGGAUAUAGCUGCAGCUUCUGUGCAGCCUCUCACCGGAGCCCUCAAGAGGAGCAAGACCAUGGCUGAUAAUUUCUACUUCUAGUAUUUGGUUAAACUUUUUCCCCUCCCCCUUCAAAAUUUGUAUUUAUAAUUUAUUUAAAAUCACAGUAAAUCACAGUGCCAGAACCACUGAAUUUACAGUAAAACGUAAUGUAUUGUGAUGUAUGUUAAUGUAAAAUGUAUUUUUGAUCUGGAAGUCUACUGGAGAGCAAAGUUGUACCCAGAGCAAUGUAUUACGGUGCUGUCAUGAUACAAUGUCCAGAACCAAGUGACCUCAUAAUCAUGUUGACAUUAUCCCUAAAUUUCAAAACUUGUGUCGCUCUGUUUAUG